AUGAGAUUCCCCUUGAAGGAAACUCUCACUUCUCAUGAAAAAAUUCAUUCUGGGGAGAAACCAUAUCCGUGCUUGGAAUGUGGGAAGACCUUCAGGCAGAGGACCUAUCUCAUGUCCCAUCGAAUUGUUCAUACGGGGGAGAAACCAUUUCAGUGCCUGGAAUGUGAGAAGUUCUUUACUACAAGAAGAGACUUGCAUAAACAUAAGACAAUUCACAGUGGGGAGAAACCAUAUCAGUGCUUGGAUUGUGGGAAGAGCUUCAGGCGGAGCUCAUGUCUCGCUUCCCAUCAGCGAAUUCAUACAGGGGAGAAACCCUAUAAGUGCUUGGAAUGUGGGGAGUCUUUUACUACAAGCAAAUACUUCCGUCAACAUCAGAGUAUUCACAGCGGAGAGAAACCAUACCAGUGUGUGGAAUGUGGAAAGGGCUUCCUCAGGAAGGACAGUCUCACUUCUCACCUCAGAAUCCAUACAGGGGAGAAACCAUAUCAGUGCUUGGAUUGUGGGAAGAGCUUCAGGCGGAGCUCAUGUCUCACUUCCCAUCAACGAAUUCAUACAGGGGAGAAACCCUAUAAGUGCUUGGAAUGUGGGGAGUCUUUUACUACAAGCAAAUACUUCCGUCAACAUCAGAGUAUUCACAGCGGAGAGAAACCAUACCAGUGUGUGGAAUGUGGAAAGGGCUUCCUCAGGAAGGACACUCUCACUUCUCACCAAAGAAUUCAUACAGGGGAGAAACCAUAUCAGUGCCUGGAAUGUGAGAAGUGCUUUGCUAUAAGAUAUACGUUCCAUCGACAUCAGAGAAUUCACAGUGAGGAGAAACUAUUUCAAUGUCAAGAAUGUGCAAAGAGCUUCAGUUGCAAGUCCUAUCUCACUUCCCACCAAAGAAUUCAUACAGGGGAGAAACCAUAUCAGUGCCAGGAAUGUGGGAAGAGCUUCAGUCGGAGCUCAAGUCUCACUUCCCAUCAAAGAAUUCACAGUGGGGAGAAACCAUAUCAGUGCCUGGAAUGUGAGAAGUGCUUUGCUAUAAGAUAUACGUUCCAUCGACAUCAGAGAAUUCACACUGAGGAGAAACCAUUUCAAUGUCAAGAGUGUGGAAAGAACUUCAGAGACAGGUCCCAUCUCAAUUCCCACCAAAGAAUUCAUACAGGGGAGAAGCCCUACCACUGUGUGGAAUGUGGAAAGAGCUUCAGUCAGAGGGCCAAUCUCACUUCCCAUCAAAGGGUUCAUACGGGGGAGAAACCAUUUCAAUGUCAAGAGUGUGGAAGGAGCUUCAGUUGCAGGUCCUAUCUCACUUCCCACCAAAGAAUUCAUAUAAUGGAGAAACUCAAAUAG